GGAUUUAAUAAGAAAAUGGAUACCGAAAUUCAAAAAUUUUACAAAAACAAAACUCUGUUUAUAACCGGAGGAACUGGAUUUUUGGGAAAAGUUAUCAUUGCGAAACUGUUGCUAUCCACGGACGUAAAUCGUAUAUAUAUGCUAAUCAGGAACAAACGUGGUCGUGAAUUGCAAGAACGUAUUGAAACUUGGGGCAAAGAUCCAGUGUUUAAUGUAUUGUUGGAAACCAAACCUAAUGCCUUAGACCGCAUAUGCCCCAUUGCUGGAGAUUGUCUAGAAUCGGAAAACUUGGGAAUUUCUGAAAAGGAUCGUCAGACUUUGGCUAGUAAUGUUCAAAUUGUCAUACAUUCCGCUGCCACUGUUAGAUUUGAUGAAAAACUCAGUUAUGCACUGGCUAUCAAUGUGAGAGGCACCGAACAAAUGCUAAGGAUUGCCAAAACAAUGCCACACCUGGAGUCCUUUUUACACAUAUCCACGGCGUUCUCCAACUGUGUACAGUUACACACGGAGGAGAAAUUCUAUCCGGAUAAUUUAACAUGCAGUGCCAAAAGUGUUCUCAAUUUAAGUAAACAGAUAAGUGAUGAACUAUUGGACAACAUGACAUCCACAUUGAUGGGUGGGUAUCCGAAUACAUAUGCCUAUACCAAGGGAUUGGCAGAAAAUUUGAUCUUAGACGAGGCUGGCCAAUUACCAAUGUCAGUCCUUCGACCAACCUUUAUUAUGCCAGCUUAUAAGGAACCGCUCCCUGGAUAUAUUGAUAACUUCUACGGUCCCAUUGGAUAUAUCUAUGGCGUUGGCAUGGGUGUUUUACGCGUAGCCCUGCACGAUGUAAAUGUCCGCUGUUCUUUCACCCCAGUUGAUUAUUCUGCCAACCUAGCUUUGACAGCGAUCUGGGAAACAGCCAAAAAUCCGAUUCAAUCCACUCCAAAAAUUUAUAAUUUAACACCCAGUGAUAAUAAUUAUAUACUUGCUGGUAAAUUUAAUUAUCUUCUCCGUAAGCAUGGCUACUCGUAUCCUACUACGAAGAUGAUUUGGUACCCGUUCUGUCAUUCCAUUGCGACUCCUUGGCUUUUCCAAUUGAUAUGUUUGUUUUAUCACACAAUUCCUGGGUUUAUCAUUGACACGGGACUUCGCUUCAGUGGGCGGAAACCGCGAUUGGGCAAUGUGUAUAAAAGGAUUCAUGCAACCAUGUUGUCGCUCUCUACGUUCCUAUCAACAUUUUGGCGUUUCGGCAGUGUUAAUACAAAUACUCUGUGGAAAUCGUUGUCGGUUGAGGAUCAGCGCUUGUUUAACUUUGAUUUACCGUCCCUUGACUGGGACGAUUUCACGGACACAUCUCUACGCGGUAUGCGCACAUAUUUAGCAAAGGAACCACCAACGGCUCAGUCCCUAGAUAAGGCUCUGAAAUUAUUGGACCGCUAUCUCAUCUUGCAUCGACUAUUGCAACUAUUCUUUUGCAGUAUUCUUGGUUACACUUUGUGGUUUCUGUAUAAGUUGUUUUAAACUAAUUAAAUAAUUAAUUAUUCUUGUGGUGACGACAAAA